AUGGAGGGAGAUAGGUCCCAGAAGGCGACCCUCGAGACCCUUGUGGCGCGUUUUGUCGAGCAGAAGCUCCCUCGCCCCGGAGAAGCUUUCACAAAGAAGCGUCACAACGAGCUCAUCAAACAGCUCGACGCCAUUGUCACGAUCUCCAGGAGCGUUGGGGAAGGCCUUGUCAAGGUAGUUGUAGCCCACAACAAAUUCCACCGGAAUCUUCGCAAAGAGUACGUCUUUGUGAGCGCAGACCGCUCCACCGGACCCUUCGUUCUCAAGCGCAAACGAGCAAUCACAGACUCGUUGCCUCCCACGCACGAGUACCACAUCACCCUAGAGCAGAGCCAAGAGCACAAUUGUUGGCUGGACAGCAUCCAUGAAGCGGCAAUUUGA